AUGUACAGUCCCCUCAGUGCGAGUGUCUACAGCUCUUCGAAGAAGCGGACACUUCAGAGCAGCAGCGGCACCAGCCCACACCUAGCAACACUGCAGCGUAGCAGACUCACGCCGUUGCCUGCGAAUACCCGAGCAAAAGACCCGUUGCUGCACGAGAAGAUGCGGCAGGACGCCCAGACGAUUUCGUUCUUGAAGCAGCGACUGGUACUCUUGGAGCGCGAAGUCUCAGCAAGCACCAAGCAUCGCCACAUGACCGAGAAACAGAUCGCACAGCUCAGUCUCGAGACCCAACGACUUCAAGGCGAGAAGACGCAGCAACAGGCCCGCAUCGACGAGCUGGACAAGACCGUGCUCAGACAACGACACGAGUACGACAAACUCGCAGCACGGUACGCCGCUGUAUACGCGAAUCUCCAGAAACUUGUGGACCAGCAGCAAAAUCCAUCCGACAACUCCGCUCAGCAGAGUGCACUGCAGGCGCUGGUCAGAGAGAAUCAGGACUUCCUCCGCAAACUUCGCGUCUUGGAAGCUCGACAUGCCGAAGAUAAGGCCCUCACGUCCAACCAGGAGAAGAAGAUCAAGCGCCUCAAGGCUGAAAUUGAGGCUCUCAAGCACAUGCACGACGCUAAAAACCACGAAGAUGACCUCGACGAGUCUUCCAGCGACACUGAUCAGGUCUCUCGUUUGACUAGACCGAAGAAGCGCGCGGACAGCGACGUCAACUAUGGCGGCCGGCCGAAUAGCGCGUCAACUGCGUCUAUCACAUCGUCCACUCCAAGGAGGGCGGGGUCACCAGUACGAGUACAAGUUGUGCAAAAUACAGCACUGGGUACCGCCGGUCAUCUCGUCACUGCAGAAGCGUACCAGUACAUUGACCCCAACAUCCUCAAGGUGCUGGAAAAAGUCGACUCGCAGUUCAGCAUCACGAACGCCAUCAACUUGUCGGUGGUGCUGAAGAAGUGGCUCAACAGCUGCGUCCACGUCGUAUGCUCCACUCAUCUGCCGACCGUGCUGCAGACGUUGCUGAAGCGGAUGUGCGAGUUGAUGCACUGCGAGCACGUAGCGCUCUUCACGGUGGACUAUGCAGCUCGGAAACUGGUCGCGACGUCCUCGGAGCGUGGGCCUGAGCGCUGGGAGUUGCCGCUCGACAAAGGAAUCUCUGGCUACGCAGCACGACACAAUGUACUCUGCAACGUCCCCUGUGCCAAUGACGACCCGCGCUUCUUCAGCUCCACCGAUUCGAUCACAAACACGACAUCCCGUGAGGUUUUGGCCCUGCCGAUCGUGCACGAGCUCCAGCUCUAUCUCGAAGCACACUUAGCUGGCGCUGGAGACAGCAAUCGGACAAAGGUAAACGGCCACGGGGUCUUCGCAGUGCUUCGUGCUUGGAACACCACCCACCAGAAACCUUUCUCGCCCAACGACCAGAUCCUCGGCUCUCUGCUUGCCAUUCAAGCAGGAAUCAUCCUCCGUCAGACGGCCGUGACCAAGACGCUGCAGAAAAUCAAUCACAAAACGCACCAGAUCCUGCAGAUGCCAAGCGAAAUUAUCACCAAGGCCUCACUUGUAGCUGUCGCGCAGAACGAACUGGGCGAGUGUUUGGGCAUCAAGCAGCUACGAAUCUUUAUCUUCGAUGCUGCAGCACACAAGCUGUGGCAUGCUGGUGAGCAAUUGCCCCAUGACACGGGGGAUGGCAGCACGCAAACCCUCGUCCGCCGCUACGUCAGCGCUCAAGCUUCUCUCUGUGCGCUUCUCCUUCGUAGUGACGCCACUGCGAUGAUUCUGACAGAGCCCUCAGCUCAAACAGCCUUUAAUGAUACCGUGGACAUCCCCGGUGGUGCUCGCGGAUUGUACCUUGUGCCAAUUCUCUCGCCCUGGGGCAAUGGAGCGCUUCCGUUUGGGGUGGUGCAGGUUGCACGCGUGGCUAAGGCUCGGCUAUCGGCGUCACCAUUUGCACUCACU